UCUUUGAACACAUCCCUUCUCUGAAAUAGUUUCCAUUGUCACCGGAAGCUAAAUAAUCAGAAAACUCUUGUCCAUCAACAUCCAUAGAAAAAAACAUUUCGAUUUUCUUUUCCGGUAAACUCGUCCGCCAUGGGUCGUGUAAGAACAAAAACCAUCAAGAAGGCCGCUAAGGUCAUUAUUGAGAAAUACUACACCCGCCUUACCUUGGAUUUCCAUACCAACAAAAGGAUAUGUGAAGAAGUAGCCAUCAUUCCCACCAAGUCAUUGAGGAACAAGAUUGCUGGCUAUGUCACACAUUUGAUGGGACGUCUCCGUCACUCACAAGUUCGUGGUAUUUCCAUUAAAUUGCAAGAAGAGGAGCGUGAACGUCGUGAUAACUACGUUCCCGCCGUGUCUGCUUUGGAACAGGACAUCAUUGAAGUUGAUCCUGAUACAAAGGAGAUGUUGAAGUUGUUGGACUUCCACAACAUCCGUGGAUUGCAACUAACCCAACCCGCUACAAAUAACUUCAACCGAAGGAACUAAAUGAUUCCUUUUUUUAGUUUUGUGUAUUGAA